GAGAGAGGAAGAUGGCGGUGGAUGGACUGAACGGGGCAGGAUCGAUCACCGAAAAACUCGAUUGGGUCUGUUUUCCUAACUGAGCAAAACACUCAAUAUCACCGCCCGAGCAGCAGUUUGAACCCAGAGUGAAGAAGCGACAAUAAGGAGAGCAGCCAGCCUCGUCCACCCUCCUCGAGGCUUCGGGACGAUGGAGUUCCCAUGGCACAGUGGGAAAGUUCUGGAGCAGCUGAACCGCCAGCGCAGACAGGGCAUGCUGUGUGACUGCACCUUUGUUGUGGACGGGGUGGACUUCAAGGCCCACAAAGCCGUGCUGGCGGCCUGCAGUGUCUACUUCCGCACCCUGUUCCUGGACCAGAAAGAUGUGGUGCACCUGGACAUCAGCAAUGCAGCAGGUUUGGGUCAGGUCCUGGAGUUUAUGUACACAGCCAAGCUGACUUUAAGUCCACAGAAUGUAGAAGACGUGCUGGCUGUUGCAAACUUUCUACAGAUGCAAGAAAUUGUAAAUGCCUGUUCUGCGUACCAGUCAGUUGCAAAUCCUGCUCCGUCCCUCAUAACACUGGAUUUUGCCGUUGGUGCUGAACCAGGUCAAUCAUUUGUUGCUGGUGUAGAAAGGGAAGAGAAACAAGGUGAAGUAGAGCAGAGGGAGGACCUGGAGAGUGACCUGGCAGAAGUGGCAUCUCAAGCAGAGGAGAGUCACUGCACGCCCACGGAAGACAAAAAGCCUGCACAAAAUCAGGAAAAUGUGAAAGAAGACGUCUCCACCGAGACACAACAGACUGUUCCUUCACCCAACCCGGCCAGAGCCCACUCGGGCCGAGGACGAGCCCCCAAAACCACCCCUGUUUCUGCCCAAAAGAAGAUAUCCGUAAAGAAGGAGGAGGAAAGCGCUGCACAAGACGCACCUGUAUUUCAGGACGACCCCUCUGAUGCUGACUACGCUCCCAAAUCCCAGCUGAACUCUGCUGGCAGCUCAUCCUACAUGAGCUCUCGGGGGAGACGGAUCAGAAAACCUCCUCGACGAAACUUCCCACCUGACAAUGACUCAGAGGAAGAAGGCACAUCAAAGACCAAACCCCAGAAGAGGGUGGCGGAGCCGGCAGAAGUUGCAGAUGAACCGGAGGACGACUGCGAGGAGACCGGCGACGGGGAAGCCGACGAUGAAGAGGGGUCUGGAGAGGAAGAUGACGAGAUGGAAGGGGUCAAUUCGGGCAGCGAGAGAGAAGGAGGACAAAAUUUGUCAGCGUCUAUGAGCAGCCGAUCCGAGUCAAAGCCUUACAGCUCCGUGACACACGAAUGUGAGGACUGCGGGAAGAAAUUCACCCACACUGGCAAUUUCAAGAGACACAUGCGUAUUCACACAGGAGAGAAGCCGUUCAGCUGUCGGGAUUGCAACAAAGCUUUCUCUGACCCUGCGGCCUGUAAAGCCCACGAGAAAACACACAGCCCUCUCAAGCCGUACUGCUGCUCGACUUGCGGGAAGAGCUACCGCCAGAUCAGCCUGCUCAACCUGCACCGCAAACGCCACACGGGCGAAGCGCGGUACAGCUGCGAAAUGUGCGGCAAGCUCUUCACCACGUCUGGCAACCUGAAGCGCCACCAGCUGGUGCACAGCGGCGAGAAGCCGUACCACUGCGACUACUGCGAUAAGGCUUUCUCUGACCCCACCGCCAAGAUGCGACACCUGGAGACGCACGACACGGAGAAAGGCAACAGGUGUUCACACUGCGACAAACGCUUCAACCAGCCGGGAAAUCUGAAGGCUCACUUAAAGAUCCAUAUCACAGACGGGCCUCUCAAGUGCAAGGAAUGUGGCAAACAGUUUACUACUUCAGGAAAUCUGAAGAGACACCUGCGAGUCCACAGUGGGGAGAAACCGUACAUCUGCAUGCACUGCCAUAGAGCUUUCAGCGACCCUGGAGCUCUGCAGCGGCAUGAGCGCAUCCACACAGGAGAGAAGCCCUGCGUCUGUCUCAUCUGUGGCAAGGCCUUCACGCAGGCCAGCUCACUCAUCGCUCACGUCCGCCAGCACACGGGAGAGAAACCCUACGUGUGUGAUCGCUGUGGCAAAAGGUUCGUGCAGUCCAGUCAACUGGCCAAUCACAUCCGGCAUCACGACAAUGUCCGGCCGCACAAGUGUCAGAUGUGCAACAAGGCAUUUGUUAAUGUGGGAGACCUGUCGAAGCACAUCAUCAUUCACACGGGGGAGAAGCCUUUCCUGUGUGAUAAAUGCGGCAGAGGGUUCAACCGGGUGGACAACCUGCGCUCCCACGUUAAGACCGUCCACCAAGGCAAGGCCGGCAUGAAGCGGCUGGUGAUUUCCGGGGGCAGCGCGGACGAGGGGGCCGACGGGUGCGCAGGGGCGUCCACCUCCGACAGCGAGAUCAACAUAGUCACCGUCACCACAGAGGACAUCGUCACCCUGGCAACUGAGGCCCUGGCAGCCAGUGCGGUAGCUCAGCUGACAGUAGUUCCAGUGGCUGCUUCAGAGUCUGCAGAUGAGACGGAGGCUUUGAAAGCUGAAAUAACCAAGGCAGUAGAGAAAGUGCAUGAAGCAGACCCCAACACCCAGAUCUUGUACGCUUGUGAUUCAUGUGGUGAUAAAUUCUUGGACGCCAGCUCCCUGGCCCAGCAUGUACGCAUCCACACAGCUCAGGCCUUGGUCAUGUUUCAGGCAGAUUCUGACUUCUACCAAUACACCACAGCCACCACCGCUGAGGGGGAUUCUGCCACAACGUGGCAACCCACAGCUGAACAAGUCAUCCAGGAAGGUGACCUGAUCUUCCCUGCCCAGGAGGGAGAGGGAGAGGCAGAGGGAGAGAUAGUGGGGGAGACACAAGGAGAAAUUCAUGAGGAGGGGAGGGAGGAUGAAGCGGUGGAAACUCACACUGAGAUCCACACAGAAGGAAAAGAUGAAGCUGCAGCAGAGGUAGAGGAGGAGAAACAAGAGGAGAUGGAAUGUGAGAGUGAGGCUUAGUGGGGCAGCAGAAGGAAAUGAAUUGAGUUGAUAAAGCCUCAGAGUUUCAACAUGAUGUUUGAAUAAAUCUAAACUGGAUUUGUAACAUACAACACUUUAUACACAAUUUUAUCUUUGAAUGAAUGUUCAAAAAGCAUGUGUUUUGCAGUCCUAAUUCCAGAAAUGAGAUGAGGUCCAGUGAUUAGGUAAAUAUUGUUGAUAAUUCUUCCAGAGAUGUUUAUACUACGUUGUAUAGUCUGUUUAUUUUUAGAAUGAAAUGCAGGACUAUGCAGUGUCCUUUGUAUUUACAUCACGAUUCACUUAGAGAAAGACCUCUGUGUUAUUUUUCCAUUUCACUCAGAGAUAUAUGUACAUUUCCCUUAAAUUUUCAAAAUAUUUUAUUGUACUUAGUAUUUUCCUGAAAAUCACAUUAUACAGAGAUUAUCUACAUUAACAUGUCGGGGUACUGAAGAUUGAUUCUUUCCAGAAGUGGGAUGUCAUUGAUUUGUAUACUGUCAAACACUGUAAAUGCUGUUCAUGCAUAAUAUUUGUAUAUUUGUAAUGUGUCCUCUAAAAAAUGUCUUAAUUAACCUCUGCUUCAAGAGAACGAAAGAAAUAUACAAGGAGAUGACAACCUGGUCAACAAUUCUCAGUUUCACAUUGAUACCAAGACAGUUGUUUUUUUGGUUCUGCGGUAAACUGGUCAUAAUAGUAUGAAGACGGUUCCCUAUCACCAAUGGUUUUACGUCAUCAUUUUGUCUGCUUAUAUUAGCACCUGUAAGAUGCCCCAGUAGAUAUCAGUAACAUUGCUUAGGCUCACUGGAAGUCGUCAUCAUCUCAUCAAUAAAGAAUCUGCACAGUCUGA